GGGGAAAAAAAAAACGCAAAAAAUGAGUAGCAAAGUGGUUUCAAAAGGUGGUUUUAGAAAAUGCUUUCAAAAGGAUGCUCCAAAAAAUACCCAAAAAAACACCCCACAAACGCGUAGAGAUACACGUGGAUCAUUCCGGCGCGCAAAGCGAAACGCAGAUUUCUGAUGCGAAAAGAACUUUUCCCACGAAGGGGGGAAACUACACAAGAACAGCAGCGCGCGGUGAGGCGAAGCAGUGUUAAACCGUCACUACAGCGGCUACCUGUGCAGUAGGGCUAUUCUCCCACACGCGGCUUCCCUCAUACGCGACUUCCCCCACACGCGGCCUUUCCCCCCCGCUUGCGAAGUACCCAAUCGUCUUGCCCCAUAACGAAGGAGGGAAAAUGAGUUGGGCACAGUGGUGGCCGCAUGACCCAGCGCCCAAAACGGACUCCCUCGAUCCGUACCUCGUCAAAGUGGAGAAGCAAAAGGUUUACUGGUACUGUGCCUGCGGGACGAGCAAAAACCAACCGUGGUGUGAUGGAACCCACAAAGGGAGUGGAAGGAAGCCCAUCAUGUACAUCCCACAGACGAGUGGAUACAGACUUCUCAGUGGUUGCAGGCAGAGCACGCACCUCCCGCAUUACGAUUUUUCGGACCUGUGGGUCCGAGCGAAUAAGAACGUCCCGAAGGCGGCCGUCUUUACGUACGUCGCGCUUUUUUCAUUUGGCAUUAUGACCACCUGGUUGUUUCACCCGUAGGGGGGUAGCUAUGCAGAGCGGCGCGGCAGAGUAGCUGCGCGGCCGCGUCACCACACCGCAACCCCUCCACCAGUAAUAAACUUACGGACAAAUUAAAUUUUCUUUUUCAAUGUUGCAAA